AAUUCCCACGCACAAAUUCCUAACUCCUCCCGCAAUCUCUCCCUCUCCCUCUCCCUCUCCCUCCCUCUUGCGCACCUACCGUCUCCCAUUCUCUCACCCAAAACCCACCUCCCCCACCACCACCCCCAUGCGGCGGCCCGGGGCCACCGCGGGCCUCGCGGCGGCGGCGGCGGCGGCGGGGGACCCCGAUCGCCGCCGGAGAUCAGGUACCGGGGCGUGCGGCGGCGGCCGUGGGGCAAGUUCGCCGCCGAGAUCCGGGACCCGGCGAGGAAGUGCCGGAUCUGGCUCGGCACCUUCGCCACCGCGGAGGGCGCGGCCCGGGCCUACGACGCGGCGGCGCGCGGGAUCUACGGGGCCAAGGCGCGGACCAACUUCGCCGCGGACCCCCAGUCCGCCGGGUCGCAGGCCACCGGCCUCGACCAGGCUCACAACCAUCGGCCCGACCGCGAGGCCGCCAGCGACGGGUUCGACGCCAGCCGGCCCGCGAGCAGCAGCUUGAGCAGCACCGUGGAGUCGUUCGGCGGGCCCAGGGUUCCGAAUCGGGUUCCGGUGGCUGCUCACCGGAGACCGGCCCAACCUCCGGUCCCGGGCGAUGAUUGCCACAGCGACUGCGGCUCUUCCUCGUCCGUGGUCGAUGAGGCGGAGGAUUGUUGCGCGACGGCGCAAUUUAGCCGCCGGGUCUUGCCCUUCGAUCUCAAUCUUCCGCCGCAGACGGACUGCCCCUGCGCCGGCGGCGAUCUCGACGGUGAUGAUUUAACGGCCACUGCUCUGUGCCUGUGAUGAAUUACCGCGUUUGGAGUUUGUGUGUUGAUCUUCAUCAUCAUCUUCUUGCUGGCUUCAAACUCAUCUUUCCCACUCUCAUUGAUCGAAACAGAAAUUGGAAAACUUGGCCACUUGGGUUUUGCCGACAUGAUCUGACUAAUUGAGCUGUAGCAAUUGUACGUAUGAAAUCGAAGAUCGAUAGUUGGAUCAUGUGGAAUACAAUCUGGCAUUCCCUCUUUUGAUCUGUGGUUGUGCUCUGUACAGAGAAUUUCAUCUUUUUGCAGUUGACUGUUUUUGCUCUGGUUUGCAUCA